CACUAAGUCGCCGUUUACUCCUAUUUGUCUCUCGUACUAAACUAAGGCUGGUGGGAUGGCUGGCACUGUCCCCUGUGCCCCUCCUUUGGUCAUCUACUCCGUAUGUCACCAGCACCAACCCCAGACUAUGAUCCACACUGCUUCUACGGGCGAGGUAUGCCUCUUGUCUAAAGUCCGACCCGCCUUGAGGUGCUGCCUGUGUGCCUUCACCUCUCUAUACCCGUCCCAGAACGAACCCUGACCCUCGUUUCGGAUUCCUCGUUCGACUUGGAUUGAGACCGCGGAUCUCGUAUUCCUCUCCGCCCAUCACGUUCCCUCACCGAAAGCGAGAGCCAGAUCAUCAUCACACCCACGACCAGGCACCGUCUCCCGUCAGCUUCAGCCGGUUCUGAUAUUCCACCAACUCCAAAUCCAACGCAGAAGAGCAGGAAACCAUGGCCAGUCCUGCUCACUGCUAUUUUUGCUUCGAAGUCCUCACGGCCAGUUAUGAGAAACGGACGCCGCCUUCGUUGAACAAGGUCCUCGAUGCCUAUGACAAAUACACUGCCAGCCAUGACGCAGCAGAAGAGCAUGGAGAAGAUCAACUAGAACCACCUCAGCCGGGAGAACAAGUGGAUGAUGACCAAGAUGAACACGAGGAAGCCAACGACGACAACAAGGAAGAGGCUCAGCGAAUCACUCGACGCGCUGCACCCACCAACCCGAGUAUCUCACGCCUCCAAGCGUCUUCUUCCUCAUCUCGCUCCUCCUCCACAUCCUCGCCCUCGGUCAAAUCGUCUUCGUCCUCCAAUACACAAUAUUCCAACGCUUCAAGCGACACGACGACCACCACUCUCUCCACCACUGCCCCUCCCGUAGACUACUCACGAGUCUCGUUGACCGAGUCAUAUCCUCUCUUCGUCACCUGGAAUACGCUAUCUCGCUCUGGUCACAAGUCUUUACGUGGCUGCAUCGGCACAUUUGAACCCUUGCCUUUGGCUUCGGGUCUGGCUUCUUACGCUUUGACGUCUGCAUUCGACGAUACCCGCUUUUCCCCCAUUCCCCCGUCCCUUGUCCCUUCACUGUCCUGCUCUCUGACCUUGCUAGCCGAUUUUGAAUCUUGUCGCGAUGCCCUGGAUUGGACCUUGGGCACACAUGGCCUACGCAUUAGUUUCAACCAUCGCAACCGCAGACAUGGCGCGACAUAUUUACCCGAUGUCGCUGUGGAACAAGGUUGGACCAAAGAAGAGACGGUCGAAAGUCUCAUGAAGAAGGCUGGUUGGGACGGGGGAUAUGGUCAUGGCGUUGCCCGGAGACUGCUCCGUGGCGCUGGGCGGAACGAGCAGCAACAGUCUACAAAACCGUGGGAAGAGGUCGCGGACUUCAAGGCGGUCAGAUAUACCGGGUUGAAAUCCACCGCAGGUUACGCCGAGUGGAAGGAGUGGAGGGAUUGGGUAGACAAAACUGGAAGUUUCUGAAAUGGCAGAAGCGAUGUGGCAGGGCGGACGACCUGAAGGUGGCCGUGGUGUUCUGCACGUGCAGAUCAUCCCUCAAUGCAGAAGAAGUCCGGGCAAGGAGCCAUAUAACAGCAAUAGAAGACUAGAGGGUUCCUCAAAGGACAUCUGAUUUGAUAUAAAACUAGAGAUACGAAUUGAUGAC